AUGGGAGCGGGAAACAGCCCAGCUCUUGCCUGUAAGUUUGGAGCGGCCUUUGUACGGCUGGUUAAGGAACGGUUCGAUGUCUUUCAAGGAACGGGACGCGCGAACUGUGAUUGGACCGGCUUUUCGGAGAUUGGAUUCGACCCGAAGCUUGGGUACGGCUUUAUAUUAACUGACGACACGGGAGGAUCCGUCCUCAUUUGGGUCUGGGUCGAUGACUUUCUGAUUCACGGGCCCACCUACGAAAAAACAGCCCAAGCAUUGGGGUUCUUCCUGGACACUGCGGUGGACUGCGGGUUUCUCUUCCACCCCAAGAAAUUGAUCACCCCACGACAGGAAGUCAAAGAUUGCGGGUUUCUCUUUGACACUCAAGAUGUGCCAUGCAUCCGCAUCCCAGAGAACAAGAGAGAGCUGGCCCUGGGGAUCUGCGAAUACCUUACUGGCGCUUCACGUCACAAAGCAUGGUCACGACUGAGCCUAGCAGUGGCCGCAGGUAUCCUGGAAUCUCUAACUGAAGCGACCCCCAGGAGACUCGGCCAUACUCAUUUGCGCCACUUCCAUUCUUUGGUUCACCCACCUGAUUUGGGAACAGGAGCGGCCCCCUACUACACUACCACUCGAUUGAGCACACCCGUGCUUCACAAAUUGACAUGGUGGAUUUCAUUCUUGAAAUCUGGACGGGGACGAUUCAUUCGCGCCUCCCAGGCGGCUACUUUGGUUCCAACCUUCGGCGGCGGUAGCGGCACGGGGACCGGUGGCACUAUCCAUCUGCCGGGUUGCCCGUUUGAGAUGUGGCGGGGGAAAUGGGUCCCUCUAGCAUACGAGUUCCCAUCCGUAUGGAAAGAGUUAGCCACUCUGAAGGAAACUCUACUCCGAAUCAAAGAGAGCCCUCAGGCCGAGUCGGUUCGCCACACUACUGUGUUGUAUUUUACGGACAACUCCGGAGUCUAUUGGAUCGCAACUACGGGUUCCUCACGGAGCCCUGGUCUCCACAAACUCAUUGGUGAGAUUCGUCUUCUUGAGCUUGAAUUGGACUGCAUGCUCCAAGUGGUCCACGUUCCGGGACUUGUUCUCAUUUCCCAAGGCACUGAUGGGUUGAGCCGGGGUGUCUGGAUGACACCC